CUGUUUGGUUUAAUUCGGUAGAACCUAACAGAGAUCUUCGAAUUCGAAUGUACCCUAUACCACCAACAAAGUGUAAAGCCUCAUGAAGUCUACACAUUUAGAAACUCUGACUGGAAAAUGAAGAAAAAUAUAUUACUGUCUACAGUAAAAUCGAUUUCAAAAUGAAAUUUGAAACAUGGCGAAUGCUGAUGAUGACGAGAAUAUUGUGUUUAAUGUAGAAGAGGUCCAAAAAAUUGUGAGAGACAACAUUGAACUUUGUCUUGGAGGCAAUACUUACAGUCAUUCACGUACGCCGCAAUGGAUUUCUAUUAUUACUGAAAAAACUUUAUCAAGAUUGAAUAAAUUAAAUAAGCCUUUCAAAUACAUAUUGAGAAUAACAAUAACUCAAAGAAACGGAGCGGGCCUGCAUACCGCUGCUGCUUACUUUUGGGACACAGCGACUGAUGCGACCUGUACCGUUCGUUGGGAAAAUAAAUACAUGUACUGCAUUGUUAAUGUUUUUGGCUUGGCAUUACAAAUAUAAAUCAUUUUAAAAAUAUCAACAGUUUUAUUUGAAACAAUAAUUCGAAUAUAGUCAUGUAUCAAGUAAGAGCUUGUCAAUCUUUUUUUAAACUCCAAAAGAAUGCUAACUACAGUAACCAUUCUAAAAAGGCUGGUGUUUCAAAAACCGAUUUUUUUGAUUAUCUUCAUAAGUAUUUUAAAAUGGAAUAUAUAAGUUAUCUCAGUAUCUUAAAAUAAA